AUGCACCACGGCUUUAGGGAGCCAGCGCUGGUUUUGCAAGUGUUUGUAGCGUGUCUGCUGUGUGCAAAUCAGCAUACUUCUGUGAAUGUUAAAUUGCCGUGUAAUAUGAUGUCAAGAAGUAAUUUGGAGGCAUCUACUUGUAAAAUGACAGAGCCAUUUAAUUUUGAGAAAAAUGAAAACAAGCUUCCACCAUGUGAUUCUUUAAGAAGUCCUGGAGGACAUGCUAACCACCCUAAUUUCCGGUUGAAAAGCCCAGAGAAUGGAAAUAAAAAGAACAAUUUUUUGCUUUGUGAGCCAACCAAACAGUAUUUGGCUAGUCAGGAAGACCAUUCAGUAUCUUCAAAUUCUAAUGGCAUCAGCGGAGAGGUGGUUGGAUCCAAAGGAGAUAGGAAAACGUUGCCGACAGGAAACUCAGUGUCACCAUUAAAUGUUGGAAACAAGUCACUACCCAAAGAAAAGCCUAGCAAUAACAUGUCUCCUGCAAAGUCAAAAAAAAUACACAGGUUGGCUGAGAAUUCCUUGUCCAUAAACAAUUCAGCGCUCUUCAGCUCCCUAGGACCUCCGCUGCGGUCAACAACUUGCCAUCGCUGUGGCCUGUUUGGAUCGCUGAGGUGCUCCCAGUGCAAGCAGACGUACUAUUGCUCCACGGCAUGCCAGAGGAGGGACUGGUCCACACACAGCAUCGUGUGCAAGCCCGUUCAACAGAAUUUCUGCAAACGUGAAGAUAGUAAAUCACCUUUUGAAAAUAAGAACAUGGAAGUGAAAAAAAACGAGGGUGACUACCCUCUUGGAGUUACUAAAGAAAUAGCCAUCUGUGCUGAUAAGAUAAUGUUUUCUGAUCUGAGAAGUCUACAACUCCGGAAAGCCAUGGAAAUAAAGGGUACAGUUACUGAAUUCAAGCACCCAAGUGACUUUUAUGUGCAGUUAUAUUCUUCAGAAGUUUUAGAAUACAUGAGCCAGCUUUCUGCCUGCUUGAAGGAAAGCUAUGCCAACGCCGCCCAUGAAGUGGAUUAUAUUCCUGUUAAGGGGGAAGUUUGUGUUGCCAAGUACUCUGUUGACCAGACCUGGAACAGAGUCGUAGUGCGAGAUGUUGAUAUGCUGCAGAGGAAAGCACAAGUCUUAUAUAUUGAUUAUGGAAAUGAAGAAAUAAUUCCAGUAAACAGAAUUCAUCAACUACAUAGAAACAUUGACUUAUUUCCUCCAUGUGCCAUAAAGUGCUUUGUGGCCAGUGUUACUUCAGCAGAGGGGACCUGGAGCAAUGAAUGUAUCAAAACUGUCAAAUCACUGUUAAUGGAGCAGUACUGCUCUAUGAAGAUUGUCGACGUCUUACAAGAAGAGGUUGUUACUUUUGCUGUGGAUGUUAUGCUGCCAAGUUCAGGAAAACACUUAGAUGAUGUGCUCAUAGAAAUGGGAUAUGGCUUGAAACCCAAAGGACAAAAUUCUAAGAAGCAAAGCGCAGAUCCAAGUGGUCUGGAAGAUGUUGGAAAAAUGAGAGCGGAAAACAAAGUCGUCGUAGACAGAAGUGAUCUGAUCCCCAAAGUGUUAACUGUGAAUGUAGGCGAUGAGUUUUGUGGUGUGGUCGCCCACGUUCAGACUCCAGAAGACUUCUUCUGUCAGCAGCUACAGAGUGGGCAUAAGCUCGCUGAACUUCAGGCGUCCCUUAGCGAGUGCUGUGGUCACGUGCCUCCACGCUCGGAUUUUUAUCCAGCCAUUGGCGAUAUCUGUUGUGCGCAAUUCUCAGAGGAUGAUCAGUGGUACCGGGCCUCUGUUCUAGCUUAUGCUUCUGAGCAGUCUGUACUGGUUGGAUAUGUAGAUUUUGGAAACUUUGAAAUCCUUAGUUUGACGAGACUUUGUCCCAUAACUCCAAAGUUGUUGGAAUUACCCAUGCAAGCUAUAAAGUGUGUGCUGGCAGGAGUAAAGCCAUCAUUAGGAAUUUGGACUCCAGAAGCUAUUUGUCUGAUGAAAAAAAUUGUACAGAACAAAAUGAUCACGGUGAAAGUGAUAGACAAGUUGGAAAAUAGUUCCCUGGUGGAGCUUCUAGAUAAAUCUGUGACGCCACACAUCAGCAUUACCCAAGUUCUCAUUGACACUGGCUUUGCCGUGGGGGAGACAGGGGUGCUGACAGAUAAACCCAGUGCCGUGAAAGAAGUCAGUGUUCCCUUGGGCGUAGAAGCAAAACUAACUCCAUUGGAGUGGACAUGGGUUGAACUUGCUGUUGACCAAACAGUAGAUGUUGUGGUCUGUAUGAUACAUAGUCCUGGAGAAUUUUAUUGCCAUGUGCUUAAAGACGAUGCUUUAAAGAAACUCAAUGAUUUGAAUAAGUCGUUAGCAGAAUAUUGCCAGCAGAAGGUGCCCAAUGAUUUUAAAGCAGAAAUAGGGCAGUCGUGUUGUGCUCCUUUUGCAGGUGAUGGUAAUUGGUAUCGUGCUUUAGUCAAGGAAAUCUUGCCGGGUGGAAAUGUUAAAGUCCAUUUUGUGGAUUAUGGGAACAUAGAAGAAGUUACUGCAGAUGAACUCCAAAUGAUCCCAUCAAAAUUUUUAACACUUCCGUAUCAGGGGAUACGGUGCUGGCUAGUAGAUGUAGAGCCGAGAAACAGACACUGGACUAAAGAAGCCAUCGAAAGGUUUCAGAUGUGUGUUGCAGGGGUAAAACUGCAAGCCCGAGUGGUCGAAAUCACUGGACAGGGAGCCGGAGUUGAGCUCACCGAUCUCUCUACUUCUUGCCCCAGAAUAAUUAGUGACAUUCUGAUUGAAGAACAUGUGGUCUUAAAAAGUAGUUCACCAUGUAAAGACUUGACAAGUGAUAGGCCUGUUAAUAAACAUGAGCCUCAAAUUGAUGCCCCGGGGCUUCAAGCUGUCCCCUCGGCUGAGCGGUGGAGGACGAGAGAAUUGCCAGUGAAUAAAACCGUGCAAGCGAGCAUACUGGAAAUCGUCAGCCCACACUUGUUUUAUGCUCUGCCGAAUGAGACGCCAGAAGAUCAGGAAAGACUGGAUAUGUUGACAGCUGAAUUGGUAGAAUAUUGCAACACUCAGAAAAGUCAGUUUUCUCACAGACCCAAAGUUGGAGAUGCGUGCUGUGCCAGAUACACAAAUGAUGACUUAUGGUACCGUGCCAUUGUUCUGGGGACAUCACAUGCUGAUGUGAAAGUGCUCUAUGUAGACUAUGGAAACAUUGAAACUCUGCCUUCUUCCAGAGUGCAGCCAAUUUCCACCAGACACCUGGAGCUUCCUUUCCAAAUCAUUAAAUGUUCACUUGAAGGACUAAUGGAAUUGAACGGAAGCUACUCUCAGUUAGUGAUAGAACUACUAAAAAAUAUCAUGCUGAAUCAGAACGUGAUGCUUUCCAUAAAAGGAAUUACGAACAAUGUCCAUACAGUGUCAGUUGAGAAAUGCUCUGAAAAUGGUACUGUCAAUAUCUCUGAUAAGCUGGUGACUUACGGUCUGGCAAAAAAAAUCACACCUAAAAAGCAAAGUGCUUUCAAUACAGAAACGACGUGUAGGAUGAAUUGCUGUUGCACAGAGUUACGGAGACAAGUUGAAAAACAUGAACAGAUUCUUCUCUUUCUCUUAAACAAUCCAACCAAUCAAAAUAAAUUUAUUGAAAUGAAAAAAUUGUUGAAAAAAGCAGUCUGUCUCGGAGAUCCAGGCUCACGGGAGCGGAAACCCGGGGGGCCAGAGUUAGAGGCAGCAGGGCAUCCCCCGUGUUUGUUGUGAACGUUGUCUUCUGUGUCCAGGCUUCUGUUUGCUUGUUGCUCUUAUGUUGGGUUGGGUGUUGUUUUUUCCUCUAGGUUCUUCCUCCCGAAUAAAUAAGUCUUGCAUUAAAGUUUCAUACUGCAUUCAUGGGAUAUCGGGAAGGGAUACAUAGGGAUUUUCUACUGUGAAUAUAAAUUUUUAGGACUUACAGGUAACACUGAAGAAAAUAUGGCUUCAUGUUACUAGCAGAUAAAUCGAACUGAUACAUGCAUGAGUUCAUUUGCGUUUUUCUGUAUGUUUGAAAUACUUGGUAAUAAAGCCUGUCCUGCUCUCUCUGA